CAUGUCUUUCCUUGUUAGAUAAACUAUGUCAUCAAUACGCAGUGGAUCGCGUCUAUAGUUGGCAUACUGAAGUUUACACGCUAAGCAGGUAUAGGGCAAUAGGCAACGGCGAGUCGCAACUUUACAGCCAUGGCUCAUUUAUCGGACCUAUGCCCACUUGUGCGUGCGACACUCUCCCGAAGAGGCAAUGCGCAUUACCGUAUUGGUUUGACCACCGCUUUAGUGGUACUUGCAGCUUCCCUUCAGCUCGGAUUCGCGAUACUGGACUUACGAGAAGGCAAACCAGGGCAGCAGCAAACAGCAAUUCGAAGUGGCCUUGGUUGGAAUGAUUGCUCUUGCGGAGCUGUCUUGCGGCCUAAGCAUACGGAGGAAGUGGCGGACAUCGUCAUGGCGCUUUAUCGCGACCUACAGGUCACGCAGCAGAAAUACCUAGUGCGCGCUACCAGCCAGGGCUUUAUAUCCCAUAACAACCUCAGCUGCGCCUGCACCAGCCUGCCUGCUGAUGUGCGGUCGGUGGUGCUGGACAUGUCAGCAAUGAACAAGGUUCUGGAGUUCAACGACGACAAGGAAACAGUGACAGUGCAGGCGGGCAUGACGUUCGAGGCUUUGGAACGCACCCUAUUGGAGUACGACAUGAGCCUGCCUGGCGUGGUUGUCGCACCCCAGCUUAGCAGCAUGACGGUUGGUGCCGCUAUCAUGACGUCAGCCCAUGGCAGCUCGCUCGUGGGGCCAGCUGGAAUUGCGUCGUUCCUUCAAUCCGCAGUGCUGGUCGAUGGUACAGGUGAUGUCCGCACGCUGGAUCACCCUGGUGAGCUGCUCGAGGGUAGCCUAGGGCUGCUGGGCGUGGUCACGGAGGUCACGAUGUACGUCCAGCCGAAAAAGAAGAUGGCCGUACGCCAAAUCCAGUCAGAGGACUUUGACCUGGUUGCGGACCUGCGCGACAUCAUCGACAACAGCGAGGCGCUGUCGCUGGAUGUGACGUGGAACCCCACCGCCGGCAUGUACCAGGCGCGGGUAUGGCACGAGACGGACCCCGUCUCGCGCGGCGAUGCGCGGAACGUGGCACUUCAGCCUCCUAUUGACUGGCUGCUGCAGCUGCCGGAGCGCGUCCACCGCGACCAGCUGGACCUGAUGGACCGGGAGGGCCACAUGUGCGAGGUGAUUGGGGAGAUGUCGCACUUCCCCUACUUCCUGCACUCGCCGGAUCAGCGGCCCGACGAAACCACCCCGCCGGACACAGCGGUUGGCUGGCUGAAUCACAUGGCCUCGGCGGGUUGCUCCAGCGGGCUCACCACCACGACGGAGCGCUUCCUGCGGAGCGGCGUGCCGACCACGGGCUGCCUGCUGGAGUCAGCCAAGUGGACCCCCUACGAGCUGGCCAUCCACUCCCAGGACUUCUCCGCAUGGCUUGCGGACGCACGCGCAGUGCUGCGUCAUGCCCGCGGCUGCCCGCCCUUCGUCCUGAACUUCCGCUUCGUGGGCGAGUCGGACGCACCCAUGGCGCUCAGCAGCGGCCGCCAGGUGGUGGCGAUCGAGCUAUCCACCCUCAGCUCCCACAUGGCGGCCGGGUCGGGGCUGCACCUCAAGUUCGCCCGGCUGCAUGAGGAGCUGCUGCAGAUGACGCUGUGCAAGUACGGCGGGCGCCCGCAUUGGGCGUUUGCCACCAACCGCCUUCUGCGUGGGCCCUGUGCGGUCCGCGACCUGUACGGCGCCUCGUUCGAUAAGUUCCUGGCAGUUCGUGCGGAGUACGAUCCCUCGAGCAUCUUCAUGCCUCCGCUGUUCCAGGACGUGGUGGAGCGCCGCGGCCCAGUCUACUAUCCCGGCUGCGCCAUCCACCUGGACUGCUUCUGCACAGCUGACGAGCACUGCGGCGCCAACCACCAGUGCGUGUCCGGGUACGAGUUCCCCGAGUACAAGGUGUGCGCUCCCGUGAUUGACAAGUCCAAGCAUGAACUGUAAGCCGGAGCAGGGGUUUGUGGGUUUGGGUUCCUGGGGCCCUCGUGUCAUUGCUCUGAGGUGAUUACAUGCGUCUGUUCGCUGUUGUGGCGAGCGCAAGCCUCAUCACAUGGUUGGCUGCUUGGGAAGUGGGGAAGUAGAGAGUGUGGAUGUUGGGGCAUUGGUGCCUGAGGCGCUUAAGGAAAGGCUGCAUGGGCAGGCAGUCGGCCAGGGGGGUCGGGGGCUAAGGUGUAUCAUCUAGGGCCAAAGGUCUUCAUGAUAGCUGUUAUAUAUAGGACACCGGAGCGAGCCUCGCCGUGAUUUGGCUAAGCAGAUGGUGAUGUAGAGUGAAUGCGUUGAUUUUGCACUAUACGGGAUGUCAAUAGUGCACGUGCGUGUAUGCCGUGAGCCACAGACGAGGACAGCAUUUACGUGCAUUUAAUUGUUGUCUUGCAUUGAAUGGAACGCUACUGAGCUGUAUUCGGCCUGUGGUCGUCUAGGACUCUGGAUGGACCCGUGGGUCUCCCAAGCAGAAGUAAAAGGAUUAGACAAUGGUCAGCCUUCGUUGCCUGGCGGGGACGGUUAGUGCAGUUUGUAGUUCAUAAGUCGUAUAGGCACAGCUGUCAGUGGCCCCGACAAAUGUUGACGUUACCGUAUUCUUGCUAGUACCAUACUCUUGCUAGUGGUUUACAGCAGCCACUAUACAACUGUCUACGGACGGUUUUGCGCCCCACACAGUUUGACUUGCUGGCUCUGCUUCGCUUGGCUCGGUGUCUUAGUAUCUCGGUGUAUUGGUGACUCCCAGCGAACUGGGUUGUUGCUGAGGCUUGACGAAAGGUCGAGACAGGCUUUCGGUGUGUUGAUGCAGCAGCGCCCGGCGGAGCCCCGGCUGACUCCCGCCGCCAGCCACCCACAUAUGUGGCCGCGAGGAAUGAUGCUCGAUGGGACCACACCCCUGCUGGUUUACAAUUCCCUCUUUUUGGCCUCGGGGGUUGGGUUAAAAUCAUAAACGCGUAUGCCCCACAAGUACGAACAGCAGGGAGCUACAAAAGGUUGAGUUCAGGUUGUCAUGUCGAGGAUGGGUCCACGAGCGGUUACGUGGGCCACAUCGCUAGGCGCCACACAGCCGCAGAGGUGUUGCCAUUGCUGGGAGCGGUCAUGCGGCCCCUGACAAGUGAUACGCGGUAAAAUACAAGGGUAUGAAGCCCCAAGCGUUGAACGCCAUGCUGCCCUCAUGCAAUCAACGCGCGCCACCCGUACGCCCA